GCGUAUCGGAUGUAAACAAAAUCGUUGUCACUUCAAAAUAAAUUCUGAUUGAAAACAUUUUUCAUAUAAGAAAAUGCAAAGUUUUAUGAUGCAAACAUAAAAAAGCCAGUAUGUUGAGUAAAUGAUUAUAUUUUUAUUAAAGGAAAUAUAAUAAUUGAGCGUCAAAAAUGGAGUCACAUGAAUCGGGGUAUUUGAAACUAGACCAGGAAUUCGACAGAUACCUGGCUGAAAUGAAACCACAUGUCCUUAAACUACCACAUAAAACUGAUCGUCAGAAAUGUGCUGUUUGGAUUAAGAAACUGUGCGAGCCAACAUCUGGCUACACUGGCAGGAAAAAUCGUAACAUGUAUGGUCAGCUGAUGUUGCACAUGUUGAAGAGGGGUGUGCUGGAGGGGCCGUUCACCAGUAAACCCCAGGAAGGGGGUCUACCAACACUCCCGGCGUACAUGUCUGUUUACCUUGAUGAACCAGCGGAGACAAACAAGGUGCCAGACUGGGUGAAUGGAGAACUGACAACGACAGGGGGCUCGUCACUGUUCCGAUCCACGAUUGGCAACCCAGCAGCUCACUCCACCUGGCGAUCUGGGCUCUCACCACCUGGUUCUCCUUCCAGAAGGCCUAACACAGCACUGGGCAUCGACACAGACAGAGAACCAAUAAGCUCAUCCUCACCUAGGAAAGACUACCUGAGUCGGCCAGGGGAAUCUGUCCCUUACUCUUAUGAUGAUCUAAGUAUGGUUGGAAAUCGAAGAAACCCUCGAUCAGCGUUUAACUAUCACUCCGACGAUGAGGACAGUAUGAUAGGAAUCAGGUCUAAGAAAAAAGAUGAGCGGAAACUUCCUGAGUUUACAACCCAUUCUGAGACAACCAACUGGUCUGAGGCAACUGGUAUUUCCUCGACAAGCAACAAUCCUUACCUUAAAGGAAUAACGUAUGCAGAUGAUUCAGUCAUGCCUAAAGGAGGAAGAGAGAGCGGUGAUAUGAAGGUGAAGAUGGCUGAGGCGAAGUUCCACGAGGAGAAACUCCGCAUGCAGCAGAAACAUGAUGCCGCUGUACAGAAGAUCCUGGACCGUAAGAAUGCUGAAAUUGAGGAUGUGAAGGUCCAACAUCGCAGCAAGAUUAAGGAGCUGGAGGACCAUAUCACAAAACUGGACAAGAAAAUGCAGAGCCUGUUAAAGGAGAGUCAGCACGCCCAGGAGACCAAGGACCGUCAGAUACAUGAUCUCAAGGACAUGGUCGAGGAAACCAACACUACCAAGAAAAAUGAGUUUGAGAAAAAGAUCAAUGACAUUGUGUCUGAGUUUGAGCAGGAGAAGUUUGAGAUGCAGAAACAGCACACGCGCAACAUACAGGAGAUCUUGGAUGACACCAACGCCCGUCUACAGAAGAUGGAGAAAGAAUACAGUCACCAGACAACAGCUACUCAAAAUGUUAUCAAAGAGCUGGAAUCCCGUGUACAGCAGCUGGUUAUGGAGACAGAAAAUGUUAAAAAGUCCCGUAACUCACUGGAAAAGGAGAAGUCUGAUGCAGAGUCUCGCAUUGAAAGGUUCAAGUCUGAACUUCGCCAGCAACAGGACAAGAUGUUAUCCAUGGAGCAGGAUCAUCAGAGAUCCCUGGAGCAACAUGAUCAGGACCUGAGGUCACUGCAGAGGAAGACAGAGUCCAAUAUUGACUUCCUGAAGCAAGAACACAACAUGACUCAAACUAAGGGGCGAUAUUGUAAGGCGACAGAGACAAUCUCUGAGCUUGAGAGCCAUGUGGACCAACUGAAGCGGAAUCUGAAAGAUGCCGAGGAGCAGAGACAGCGACAGAUGCGUGAACUGGAGCAGGUCCAUAAACAGGACAAGUUCCAUGUAGAGACGCUUCAUGAAAAACAGCUGGCAUCAGCAAAGAAGGAGAUAGACCAACUGGACCAGGACCUCCAGAAGAAAAUAAAAGGCCUGGAACAGAUUGUCAGAGAUCGUGAGGAUGAAAUUAAGCGCCUUUCGGAGAAGAACCGUCACCAGGCGGAGGAAUCUGAACGGGCACUGUCCACAUUCAAGGAACAAGUGGACAAGAACCAGACGCGCAUGUUUGACGACAUGAAACAGCAGAUGAACAAAGUAGAGGCAGACCUGAAUAAGUCAAAACAGGCGCGGGAAAAACAGGCCAAGGAGUUUAACAGACAGAUGGAGGAAGAGAAGUCUUUGCAUAACAGAGAGAUUAUGGAGGUAAAGAUGUCAUACGAACAAGAAAAGUCGAACAUGUUGAAGGAUUUCCAUGUUCAGAAGGAAUUCAUCCAUGGGGAGCACGAGAAAGAAGUGGAAAACCUGAAGUCCCUCCACCAGCAAGAAGUGCGCGACCUCGAGAAACGCAUGCAUGCACGACAGGAGAAGGAUGCCAAGAAAGUAGCUGCCUUGGAGCACCGAGAGCAGGAACUGCGGGAGGAAGUGGUCCAGGCUAACCAACUGAGGAAACAACAACUUGUGGAGCUGGGAUUACUGAGGGAGGAAGAGAAACAGAAGAUGCAAAGGGACACAGACAUGGAGUUGAGCAAGUUUAAGUCUGAGAUGGAACAACAGCGACUGGAGUUACAGAAGAAUCACAGUAUCGAGAUGGAACAGGUCCUUGGCAAGACAAAUGACAGGCUAAAGCAGAUAGAGAGAGAGUAUGCAGAGAGAGCUCAGAAAUCAGCCGAGACUAUCACAGAGUUGCAUUCCACAAUUAACCAGCUUAGAGACGACAUGAAGAAGCACAGGGAGUCGUCGGACAAGAGACUGACAGAGCUGAUGAGCAAAUAUGAUGAAGAGAAGAAAACGCUGAAAAAACAGUACAACUCCAACCUCAGUUCUGUACAGAAGGAAUUGGAGUCCAAGUACACGAAGGUGCGUCAGAUGGAAAGGCAGCUUGACCGACAGGACAAUGACCAGGAGGAAAAGAUAACCCACCUGAAGAUGUCAUAUGAGGAGAAAAUGAGAGGCUUGAUGCCCAGCUCUGUCAGACAGGAGUUGGAGAGCACCAUAGAGUCCCUAAGAUCCCAGGUUUCCUCCCUACAACAGAAAUGUAAUCUCCUGCAGGAGGACCUCGAUAUGACCAGCAAAUUCCCCAUGGGAACCUUCGCAUCAAGGACCAGCUCACCAAUUAAAUCCUCAUCUUGAUGAACUAUUUUUAGAAAUUGAUGUAGAGAAGCUAUUAUUAGCAACUAAUGAAAAGAAGCCAUUUUUAGAGGUGAUGUUAUGGAUAAAGAACAGCAAACGGGUUUUAAUUUUAUGUUGUUUUCUAUGUGUUUGCUGUUGUCUUGCCAGAACUAACCAAUGAUUUCUGUGAAUUUACAAGCUCAGGAACCCAAGAUGAAUCAAAAUGAGAAUUGUCCAACAUUAAGCCGUGGUGCUAAACAGUGUGUUGGUAAUUAAUAACAUGUAUCAUUGAUACUGUCACCUGUGAUACUAGUCCUUAUCAAUGGAGGAUGUUAUUUGACAUUUGACAUGAAAGACCAUGAAGUAUAUGAGGAAUUUUAUUUGGAGUUUUAGUGCAAAAUAUUAUGCAUUGCCAUAAAGAUUGUCUGUGAUAUUUAUGUUAAUGUACUUUAUAAUCAUUUGUGCUAUGUGCUAUGGCCACCUAUUUAUUUCUAUUUCAGACAUCUAGUUAUUUUAGGAUUUUAGAAUUAAAUUGUCUUAACAUUGAAAAAAGAGUUCAUACUGAGAUUCAUAUCAGGGCUCAUUAACUUAAGGACUCUAAAAAAAAUGAUUUCAUUUGUUUACUUUGUUGAAGUCAUACAUUAUUUGGUAUCAUCUGGUUACUUGGAGUGAUGAGAUUAUUUCUGAACGUAUGCAAUCUGUUUCCAGUUUAUACGCAAUAGUAAUAUGAUAUUGUGCGUGGAUUUAUCAUUAUGGACAAUACAUGUUCAACUUUCCGUUGUUUAUGUGUUUUCUUUUUAUUAGACAUUCCAAAUAGGUAUAUUUGUAAUUAUUGUAUGUGUGUAGAUCUGUGUAUUAAGAAUUAACCUGUGUAUGAAGAAUAACCAAAGUAUAUGCAUUUAUUUUUAGAUCUGUCUUGUACACUUUUUAAUCAUGUCACCACAUAUUGUCAAGUCAGUAUUUGCAAAUGAAUUUGUAGAAAAAUA